CCUUUCAUUCAUGCAGUCAAACUCAGGCAGUCUUAUCUGUGACACAGCUUUAUACAAUCCAUACCUAACCCCUUUCAUAUUCUUGCCAGAUUUGCAACCUAUUAGUGGGGGCUUUCUGCAAAAAGAAGGGCUUGAGCUGGGGGCUGUCCUGUCUUACAGUUGUAUUCUGUGCUCGCUGGGUGGGAGGGUCACACUGUGAGACUAAUAAGGACAGAGCUGCAUCCCCUUCUCCCACUCUUUAGAGACUCCAGCAACUCCUCAGCAACUACAGCAGCUUUGGGCAGGCAUUGACUGUGCUUCUGAGGGAACUGAAUAGAUACAAAUUGAAGAUUUCUGGCCAUUUGUUCACAUGUGUCCAAGAGGAGAUGAAGGCAAUUGGAUCCUACAUAAUUUGGCUUUGGUUGGCAAUCCUCCUUUCUCCUGUAUCUCACGCAAUGGCAGUCACUGACAAAUCAGCUACUGCAUGCCCGGUAUUGAAAACAGAAGGACAUCCGUUUAGCCGUAUCUACAAAGAAAACUUUGAAGUUUCAGGUUUUGAUUUAGCAGAAAGCUUUUAUUUGAGGCAGACUUCAUGUGGAGUUGGAAACCCCUGCUUUAAGUUGGGGAAUGCACCUCUUAUCAGAGAUUCUCAGCAAGUGUUUCCAAAUGGGCUUCCAGAGGAAUAUUCCUUAACAGCCACAUUCCGUGUUAGAAGAAACAGCAAAAGAGAACGAUGGUAUUUACUGCAAAUUUUAGAUCAACAGAACAUGCCACAGGUUUACAUCACAGUUGAUGGUUCAAAAAAAGUUGUAGAAUAUGUUGCACAAUCUACCCAAGGGACUUCAUUGCACUACACUUUUAAAAGCCGUGAAAUCCAUACUGUGUUUGACCGGCAAUGGCAUAAGCUUGGCAUCAGUGUUCAGUCAAGAAUAAUUUCUCUGUAUGUGGACUGCCGCUUAAUUGAACAACGGCAUACUAAUGAAAAAGCCACUACUAACCUGCAAGGAAAGAUUCUUAUUGCUACUCAUUCUUUAGAUGGCAAGCCUAUAGAUAUUGAACUUCGGCGCAUGAUAUUAUAUUGCAGUCCAAAAAUUGCUGCUCAGGAGAUUUGUUGUGAAUUAUCGGAAAACAUGUGUCCUUUGGAAGAAAACUUGAAAACUACUGCAGCAUCACCAUCAACUGUUCAUGUUGGUGAAAUACAUGCACUUCCAAUAAUGGAAAAAAAACCUGAAGGAAAAUGUUUUUGCUAUUCAAACAAAGGAGAAGCAGGUUUUCCAGGAGCAGCUGGUUUGCCAGGCCAGAAGGGAGAAAAGGGUGAAGAAGGGGCUAAAGGAGAAGAUGGCAUCCCUGGUUUUCCUGGACAGAAGGGAGAAGAUGGCCUAAUAGGUGCUCCUGGUGUUCCUGGUGGCUUCGGUGAAAAGGGCGAACAUGGCUUUAAGGGGGAUAAAGGUGAAGCAGGUGAAAAGGGUGAAAAUGGAGACAAAGGAGAACAAGGAACAGAUGGCAUACCUGGAAGAGAUGGUUUAAAGGGUGAUGCCGGUGAUCCCGGAAUGACUGGUCCAAAGGGAGAAAAGGGAGAAAUGGGGCCUCCAGGACCAGCUGCCCUUAGUGCUCUGUCAGAAAUAGAAGGUCCUCAAGGCCCACCUGGGAAAGAAGGCCAGAGGGGACGAAGAGGCAAGCCAGGAGUACCUGGAAAGGCUGGGCCACCUGGGCCACCUGGGCCUCCAGGUGUGCCAGGAUUUCAAGAUUUCUUUAAAGGGCCAUAUUAUCAGAGUCAUCAAGACGAACUGGGCUUAAAAGGCACAAAAGGUGAAAAGGGAGAGGCUUCUGAAAAAGGAGAAAAGGGGGAUCCAGGCGAAUCAGGAGAGACUGGUCCUUCUGGACCCAUUGGAAGUCCAGGGCCACAGGGACCUCCAGGACCAGUUGGCCCCAGUGGGCAACCCGGAGAAGUUGGCUUAUCGGGAGAACAUGGAAUACCUGGAAAACCAGGGAUUAAAGGAGAAAAGGGUGACUCUGGUGGAAUUGUAGGACCUCCAGGACCUCCAGGUUCUAAAGGUGACACGGGGUCUCCAGGAUCAAGCCUUCCGGGAAAACCAGGACCAGCAGGCACUCCUGGAACAGCAGGUCCACGAGGGCCUAAGGGUGAAAGAGGGCUACCUGGGGUACAAGGACCUCCUGGAGAAAUGGGUCCAAUAGGGAUUGGAAUCCAAGGUUCUCCUGGUCUUAAAGGGCCUCCUGGGGAACCAGGAUUCCUGGGCCCAAGAGGACCUCCGGGAUUGCCAGGGACUCCAGGAGCCCCAGGUGUUGAUGGCAUUCCAGGACGUGAUGGAAAGCCAGGACUUCCAGGACCUCCAGGUGACCCAGUUGCUCUUCCUCUUCUAGGAGACAUGGGUGCUUUAUUGAAGAAUGUUUGUGGCAACUGUCAGGCCGGGGUUCCAGGAUUAACAGGUGUCAGAGGAGAAAAGGGAGUAGCAGGCUUAUCUGGCAGGGAUGGCCAUGAAGUCAGAAAGGGUGACCCUGGUCCAAGAGGCCCUGCAGGAAUCCCAGGUAGAGAAGGGCCUAAGGGAAACAAAGGUGAACGUGGAUUUCCUGGGCUUCCUGGAGAGAAAGGUGAUGAGGGUCUUCAAGGUCUCCCAGGACUCCCUGGUGCAGCAGGGCCUACUGGAUCUUCUGGGGCAACAGGAAGAACUGGACAUCCAGGCUCUCCAGGAACAAAAGGCGAAAAGGGAGCCGAGGGACUUCCUGGGAAGCCGGGACCACCUGGACCACCCGGUGUGCCAUACAAUGAAAGAAAUGGCAUGAGCAGCUUAUAUAAACUACAGGGAGGUGCCAACGCUGCCAAUUAUGCUGGUCCACCUGGGCCUCCUGGCCCAAAAGGUGACACUGGAGCAGUGGGCGAACCAGGCCCAAUGGGACUCCCAGGUCUAGAGGGAUUUCCGGGUGAAAAGGGAGACCAGGGACCAGCCGGUCCUCCAGGAGUACCUGGGAUACCUGGGAAAACCGGUGCUCCCGGGCCACCAGGGAUUCCUGGAGAAUCAGGUGAAAGAGGUUCUGUUGGAGACAUUGGCUUCCCUGGACCAGGAGGUCCACCAGGAAUACCAGGCAUAAAUGGGAAGAAUGGGUUGCCUGGUCCUCAGGGUUUGAUAGGUAGACCAGGUGACAGAGGCCCCAAAGGAGAACGAGGGGAUCAGGGUAUACCUGGAGAUAGAGGCCCACAAGGUGAAAGAGGAAAACCUGGCUUUCCAGGAGAAAAGGGAUCUACAGGACAUAUGGGACCCCCAGGGAACAAAGGCAACUCUGGAUCACCAGGUCAUCAGGGCCCUCCAGGAACACCAGGUGUCCCAGGCUUAUCGGCUGACUCAGUUUCAUUUGAAGAAAUGAAAAAAUAUAUCAGACAAGAGGUUCUUAGAGUUUUUGAAGAGAGAAUGGCUCAGUUUGUAUCUCAGCUCAAGUUGCCAGCCGCCAUGCUAGCUUCCCAAACUCACAGAAAACCAGGCCUUCCAGGAAAAGAUGGGUUACCUGGGCCACCUGGAGAACCUGGACCUCCAGGCAACAGAGGACAGAAAGGUGAAAGAGGUGAGCCUGGAAUUGGACUACCGGGUGAACCUGGCCCACCUGGCCCUUCAGUCAGUGCUAUGCCUGGUCCACCUGGAACUCCAGGAGGACCUGGUCCACAGGGCCCACCUGGACCAACAGGAAGGUGCAACCCAGCAGACUGCUAUUAUCAUCUCUCUCAAACUUAACCAUGGACAGCUGGGAAAUGAAAAUCUUCUCUGGAGAUGUUUUGAUUCCAGAUCUAUCCCUUCUUCACUCUGCCCUGCCCUCCACCUAAUUACAAAUGUAAGCUUUAAAAUAUUUGGUGCAUUCUUGUCCAUAUACACUACAUCGUGUACAGACAUUUUACAGAGCAUCUCAGCUGAACCUCUUCUUUUCCAGAGUUAAGCCAAUGCCGAAAUGUUGUUUCCUUGAGUUCAUUCCAUAUGUUUAUAAUUUUGGGCUUUUUGUUUAGAAAAAUGCAGGGGAGUAACAGCAGGAGAAAGGACAUGCCCUCAACUCCUGCCUGUAGGCUUCCAGUGGCAUCUGGGGAGCCACUGUAUGAAACAGGAUGCUGGACUAGAUGGGCCUUGGGCCUGAUCCAGCAGGGCUGUUCUUAUGUUCAUAUGUAAUUUUUCUUGGAUCAUGAUGGCCUGUUGAUGUCUUAAUGGCUUUUAAACCUACUAUUUACAAAAGUGAAAUGUACUAAAUCACAGGUUUCCUGUUUUUACCUCCUACGUUAUCAUUGAUAACAUAGCUUUUUCAUUAGGGCACCACGGGGAUUUAAAACUCUACACAUAACUUCAAAAAUUGUGCUUACAAAACUGCAGCCAGGGUAUUGAAGUGUUUAUUAAUCUAUGCUUGGGUGACUUCCUAAUCAAACAGAUUGGCAACGACUAACUGGGCAAAAAGGCACCUUUUCUAGUAGUGGCUCUUUUUUUAUUUAACCGCGGGAGAGCAACUGUCCCUGUUCAACCCAACAUAGUGCCACUCCAAUGGCUGUUGCUGCUGUCUCCCUUCUGUUUCUUCUUUGAUUGUCAGGCCUUUGGGGACAAAAAAAUGUUUUCUCGAUCUUUUUCUCAUUCCUUCUGCUAUGUAAACCUCUCUCUGAACUUUUUCUUGAAAAACAGUGUAUAAUUAUUCUUCAAAACAGCUGAGGUUUUCCAUGCUCCCGCUGCCCUUGUGUGAGAUUGCUGACUUUACAUGAGCUUGUUCUUAUGGCGCUGCUUUUCUGAACAUGUUUUUCACACAUGAAGAUAAAAAGGACCUUUCAAGCUUUCCUUCAGUGAGUUGUGGCAUGCGUGAAAAUGGCUCAUGCAGGCCAGAGUAUGGAAUGUAUACUGCAGCCAACUUAGGGCUUACCCUCAUAUUAUAGACCAAUUUGAGAAAAAGCUAUUUUAAGCUUCACAUGUUGAAAGAGCCCUUACUUAUCAGAUGCUAACUUACUUCUCACAGGGAUUAAUGGUGAUAGCAUGCAGCUAUCAUAUAUAUAUCCACUUAAAGUUCUCUAGAAUGUAUGGGCUUGUGCUUAGGUUAGUAAUGAUUAGAUUCUAAUUUAAUGAGCCAGGGGUUGUUGCUUUGUUGUAAUAUGCCAGAGCCUUUGUCUCAGGUAAAAUUCUAACAAGAACCUAUUCAGAAGUUGUAGGUAAUUUUAUGUUGAAGAGAUGUGUGUACCUUGACAAGUACCAAAUGGUCAGCAUGUAUUUCAUUAACAGUGUCUGCCUUUACCUCUCUGCUCUCUCAAAGUUGAACAAUGAAGUUCAGUUUCUGAUAGCAGUCAAAUAUUAGCACUAUUCAGUUUGCAAAAUUCAGUGUCUCAGGCCAGUUACCAUUUUGUUUCCCUUGAGGAUAAAAAGAGAUAACUUUAAAUAGAAAUCACUCUAGAAUACAGUGGCCCUAACCUUACCUGUUCCUGGGGUGGAUUUAGCUACAUCAAAGCUGUAUCAAGAAAUGGAAGAUGCCUGGGUGGGUACAGUAGUCCCUGGCAGCAGAAGUUAUAUGUCCUUCUUAAUGGCACAUUAGAGUUCCUCUAAAUAGGAAUCAGCCAAAGACCACUUCUUGUGUGCAAAUUGAUCCUAUGACUAAAAAUGUAAUAUUAGAAGAGUUUGUAGACGAUGUUCCUCUAUUCAUAACCACACGUCUUAAUUUUGAGUCAACACAUAAAUACUUCCUACAAACCCUUCCCACUAAUGUUACAAUUUUAAACAUAUACGAACAAAUACAAGAAGAGACUUGCUGGAUCAUGCCCAAGGCCUAUCUAGUCCAGAGUCAUUUCCCACAGUGAUUAACCAGUAUGUCUCUGGGAGACCCAACAGCAGAAGAAGGAAUACCCUCUUUCCUAUCAUUGCUCCCCUGUAACUAGCAUACUUUUUCUGAAUGACCAUCAGGACUAGUAGUCACUGAUAGGCUUGUCUUCCAUGAAUUUGUCUAAUUCCCUUUUAAAGCCAUUCAAGGUGGUGUCCUUCACUACAUCCUGUGGCAACAAAUUCCAGUCUCUGAUUCCCUAGAUGUAAACACUAGAGUGUCUUGUGGGUGCAUUUCUAGAACUUGGGGUCAGAAAGAAAUUCCUGAGGUGCCAUGUCAGAAUGAUGCUGAAAACAUAACAAAGAGACCUGUGGCAGCUUAAAGACUUGACAAAUGUAUUGUAACUUUCCAGAGCCAAAACCUACUUUGUCAGAUGUAUGAAGUAGUCACAAGUAUAUACUUUGAGUACAGAAAGAAAGAAAGAAAAUCUCUUUUUUUACAAAGUAAGGCCAAAAGGUCAAGCACUGCAAAAGAUAGCUGUAGGUGUGUCACAGUACCAGACAGGACACAAAUAAUAUAGAUUCCAACUAAAUAAGUGUAAGAUCCAUGUAAUUCAUUCCUGAUGAACAACCACUGAUGAUGAAUAAGCAUAACAAGGUCAAUAGUGCAAAUAAAUACCUAAAGAGAGAUAAUUGCUUUGGGUAGUGCUAGCUGCUGUCAGGAUUUGUUGAUACCAAAGUCCACAGUGUCCAAUUUAUUAAUGAAUUCCAAUUUGGCAGCUUCGUAUUGGAUUUUCCCUUUGGAAUGUUGUUGGAAUAUGGCAGCUUUUAAGGUCUGCUCCAGAAUGUUCUGGGUGAUUAAAAUGCUCCCCCCACCGACUGGUUUCUGGCUGUUACCAUUUUGAAUGUCUGAUUUAUCUCCAUUUUUCCUCACACAUAUACAGAGUGACCCGUUUGUUUCUCCUACGUAAAUGGUAGAACAGCAUUGCUAAAAAAUGAUAGCACAUAUUCUCUAAUCCCCAAACCCCUGCAGCCAAAGCUUCCCCCUGCAGCUUUGUUGGGGAGGGCCUGGGGACCUUCAGUAGGGAGGAGGGGUGAAGAAGAAGCCUUGUACUUGUGCCUGUUGUGCAAGUGCUACUUUAGAAUGGAUGGUACCUAAUAAGGAAAAUGGAGCAGCAACCAGAAGCAAUGCACAAAGCCAGGAUUUAAUCCUGGUUCUGUGUUACAUCUGAAUCAGCCCAGUCAAUCAGGCAUCUACGGUCUCUCGGGUGCCAGUUCAUGUAUCUGAUGAAGUAGGCUCUGGCUAUAAGAGAUUGUGCUACUAUACAUUGGCCACUCUUUAAGGUUUUAAAAGGUGUUUUGCUAAUAUCUGACAGCACUAAAAAUCAAGCUUGCUCUUGGUUAGUAGAUGCAGUCUCCAGGGUGAAAAGACUUGUUCUGCAAUCCCAAAGUCUUUGUGAACAGCCUGGACUUUCUCUCCCCUGUCUUCCUCCACAGCAGUUGUGUGAGCCAUUGUACAUAUAUAUAUAUAUAUUUAAAGCCUCAUGCAUUUAUUCUCCAUGGUUAAAUUAUGGAGCAAACUGAUACUGGCUGCCAUCCAGCUUAGCAUUACAUCUCUGUCAUGCUGCACUGUAGGGCUGCUGCAUCCUUCAAAAGCAGCAUCAGGGCUGCACAAAACUGGUGGUUGCACAAGCAGCACUUCUGCAGAUUUCUGCAUUGUCCCAGCCACCCAUUUUAUGCAGCCCUGAAUCAGACACAGCAGCCCUGCAGCACAGCUUUACAGAUAAGUAGCUCUGUGCUGGAUGUCAGACAUUGUGCAUGGAGAGAGAGAGAGAGAGAGAGAGAGAGAGAGAGAGAGAGAGAGAAUAUAUGUAGAGAAUGUGGGAUGUGAUCCAUUCUCCCAUGUCUAUAUCUGCACUAGAGAAGAUUUCCUAGGGGGGAUUCCCCCUCUGCCUGUUCUGUACAGGCUCUCAUCCAGGUCCAAAUUCUGGUGCUCACCGACAUGCCUCUUAUAUAUAGAUCCCGACAGUCUGCUCUUCUUCCAGGCUGUUCAUGCAGUCUGCUUAUAGGGCUGAUUCACACAAUCACAGGUAUGUCUGUUAACCAUUAAAUCCCAGAUUCACACGCCAUGCAUGCUCCUACAGAACAUAUCAUGAGAACCCAGACGUUUUUCCUGAUCCUAGAUCCAUGCUGCAGCCAAUCAACAUUUAUUUUAUUUAUUUAUUGUUGCAUUUAUAUACCGCCUUUCGUUAAAAGACAUUUAACUGGGAUUGGCACACCAAGUUCAGAUCUAAGAUUAAUGAACUUGGUCAACUGUCGGGUUGGUGCAGUGCUAUCCAGGAAUCAGCAAAAAAAAUUCUGAUGCAUGCUGCACAAAUCUGGAAUGUAACAGUUAAUGGGCGUUGCUUUAAUCAUGUGAACCAGCCCCUAUUCAGAGCAAGAGUUACUUACCUGCAAGUGUGAUCUGAAAUAAAAAUGAUUUGGGAGGAUGGAUUGUACUCCAGGUUUUUAGAUAUCUGUGUUUGCCCUUGUUUUUUAAAAGAACAUUUUUUAGAUUCAGGCAGCUGAAGUGUGGAAAGCUUGCCAAAAAUGGUUCAAUUCCCUGAAAAUUAAAUUUGGGCUGAAUUGAGUCUUAAAAUAAAGCAGUUGUACCAGUGAUGUUUUGAUGGAGUAACUGGAUUUCUCAUAACCAAGAUAUUAGCCCUCAGUACAGCUAAAUGGAUAUAAUGUCUGAUGGGUAUUUUUGCAUUUAGGUUUUCAGUCAUGUCUUAUCUAAACUUCUUGAGUGAUUCCAAUUUUAAUUGAAAAGAUCCUCUUUAUUUUUGAUGUACAGUUUAUCUUAGACUUUGCUGUAAGAAUAACAAAAAAGUGUAUUUUCUCUAUAUUCUGUAUAAAUGUUCUCAUUUGGACAGCAAAUGCAGAACAGUUGUUAUGGUAUAUUACUUUGUGCUGUGUGUAUAUUUUGGGUUUUAGCUAGCCGAACUCAAUUUUUGGUAAAGUACCUGGCAGUAUUAUAUAACGGCUAAUUUACUUGAAUUUGUCGGAAAGUAAAACAUUUAUAUAUUUUGAGUGGGCAGGGAGAAGUUAAAACACAUAGCUUUUUUUUUUUUUUUUGCUUGUGUCUUGGAAAAAUCUUGUCAGUAUUUGAAGUUUUCAUUAAUUUCUGUUGAUGAAGAUAUAAUUGGAUUAUUUUUAUUGUCUUCCAUGCUUUCCUUUAAAAAGGGAUAGUGUCAUUUUUGUGUAUGAAAGAGUAGGUUUAGUUCUUGUUUCUUCACACAGUUUUUAAGAAGAAGAGUCUUUUAUAUGUCUAAUACUAUCAGGAAUAAUUCUGUAGAUUUGCCACUUUAACUUAGGCCACAUGAUGUCUUGAAAUAUGCCCUCCUUUUUUCUCUUAUGUGUGCCGAAUAGCACACAGUUUUAACUUUUGGUUGUGAUUUUAAGUUAAACUGUCCUUUUUGUUCUGUUUUGAUUAUUUUUUUCCUCUGCCAUAGGAAUGUCAACAAACUUAAAAUAAAAAAUGGAAAAUGGAAAAAAAGGUCAAAUUAACUAUUCCGAAACUAUUCAGCUAGAAUGAAACGUAUAAUCAGUAAUUAAAAUAGAAUGAAAUUCAGUCCAGACUAAUCCAGUCAAUAGUCUUCGAGUGAAGAAAUAAGUUUCUGCUUGUUAGUCUUGUCUAUCAGUUAGGAAAAUGAAUGUUGCAGUUCAACCGGGAAACACUUCAAAUUGUGCUUCUGGCGUCUUGCAAACACUGCUGCACAGAUCAUCAUCAGCAUGGCCAUCUACCUGGACAGUGCAGAAUUCCUGUUGUGAUGGGGGAAGGUGUCUUAAUGCGUACCCUAACUAUUGAUCAUGAGUUUGCUGGAGAGCAGAGGCAACCAUGGCAUAAGAAUGGAUUGGUUCUGAUGAGAGCCUGUAAAUACUAACCAAGUUGGAAGAAGAGGAAUCAGCAAACAGAGGGAGCAUGUGCUCCCAAUGGGCAUGUCAUGAAGCCAGUCAUGACGUGUCAUGAAGGCUAUUUAGUUUAGAAAAAAGACGACUGCGGAGAGACAUGAUAGAGGUCUAUAAAAUCAUGCACGGUGUGGAGAAAGAGAGAAAUUCUUCUCCCUCUCACAUAACACUAGAACCAGGGGUCAUCUCAUGAAAUUGAUUGCUAGGAAAUUUAGGACCAGCAAAUGGAGGUACUUUGUCACACAAUGCAUAAUCAACUUCUAGAAUUAUCUGCCACAAGGUGUGGUGACAGCCAACAACCUGGAUGGCUUUAAGAAGGGUUUGGAUAACUUCAUGGAGGAGAGGUCUAUCAACGGCUACUAGUCGGAGGGCUGUGGGCCACCUCCAGCUUCAAAGGUGGGAUGCCUCUGAGUACCAGUUGCAGGGGAAUAACAGCAGGAGGGAGGGCAUGCCCUCAACUCCUGCCUGUAGGCUACCAGUGGCAUCUGGUGGGCCACUGUGUGAAACAGUUUGCUGGACUAGAUGGGCCUUGGGCCUGAUCCAGCAGGGCUGUUCUUAUGUUCUUAUGAAGCCACCCCAAUCUAUUUGCCAAGAUUAUUUGCCCAACAUUAUACUGACUUCCCAAUAUCUAGAAAUCAAGUUGAGAUCUUGGUAAUUGGAUUUAUUGAUUUCACAUGACAUACGCGAUUGGAAUGUGCACUCCCCAUGCUCACUGGUUCCUCUCCUUCCGACUUGGUACAUACUUACAGGCAACGUUCAGAAUGUGCCCAAUAUCUCUCGGUCAUGGCUCAUGAGUAAAAUCCUGAAUAAGGAUGUGCGAAACAAUUCGGGAACAAAAUGAUUUUUACCUGAAUCUGGCUGAUUCGGGUGAUUUGUAGACAAAACAAAUCACCCCUGUACUCAAUUGCCCAGAUUCAGGUACAAAACAAAUCACCACGAUUCGGAUCUGAAAAAUUCGGAGAUUCGGACCUCCAUUUUGUGGCCCAAGUAGGUUGGGUGGUAGCCCAAUGGGUGGAAGCUACCACCCAAAUUUCAAAGAAAUUAGGCAAAGGGGUGUUUUAAAAAGAAUUUUUGAAGUUGGUAUGUCUUUGGGGCAGAUUCAGGUCAGAAAAGGGGUUUCGGGGACAGAAGAGUGGGUCAGGUGGUAGUGCCCCAAUGCGUGUCUGCUACCAUCCAGAUUUCAAAUAAAUUGGUGAAAGGUGAUUUUUAAAGAAGUUCUGAAGUUUAUGCAAUUUAAGCUUUCCCCCCCAUAGGGAGAAAUGGGGAUUUCAGCAGCCUCAUAACUCCACUUGGGGGGCACCAGGGUGGCCUAGAGCGAGUGGUGGUGUAGUGCACAUACACCCUGAAAUCCACAAGCCCAUGGGGCACUGGGUUUUGUUGUUUCUGUGGUGUUCUGAGAGUAGAUUCUCUGGUAGCAAAUGAGAGUGGAUUCAAUGGCAAACAUUGAAUCCCCAUUAUUCCCUAUGGGGAAAAGAUUAAAGAUGCUCAAACUUCAAAAAUUCUUUAAAAAUCACCCCUUUGCCCAAUUUCUUUGAAAUUUGAGUGGUAGCUUCCACCCAUUGGGCACUACCACCCACUCCACGCUUUUGGCCCUGGGACCCUUUUUAAAAUCCAAAUUGAUUCAUAUCCAAAAAAUUUGGGUACAAAUCGAAUCUGGGGUGAUUUGAGGGGGUCAGAUUUGGACCCAAAAGAAAUUGGGGGUGUUUCUAUUUGGGUACAAAUAGAAAUAAAAAAUCAAUUCGUGCACACCCCUAGUCCUGAUGACUGCAAUCAUGAUUCCAGUGUGGGGUCAGUUUCCUCUAUGCUAUACUUUCUUGCACACAAAGUUAUGUUAUGUAUGCAGAAGCUUCUCUCUGCUUACCAAACAUGUUUUCUACACUGCCGACAAUUACUAAGAUCUAAUACAAAAUUGUGUGCAUGUGAGACUUCACAGUCUGACAGCUCCUGUCCCACUGGACAAUGGAGGAGUGUAGAAGCAGGCCCCAAACUAAACUCAGCCUGCUCUUGGCUCACAGGAUCAGAUGUGUGGCUGCAAUCUAGAGUUAGAGCUUAGUUAAUUGGUCAAGGCCACCGAUGAAAAUGGAUGACAUAGUUGUUUUCCUCCAAGCCCAUUGAUAAAUGUGGGUGACCUGUUCUGCUAAGAUUCCAUAUUGGUUUCUGCCUCUCACCUGUAGCUUUUUGUUCCUGUCCACUUUUACUUUUCGCUGGGAUCUGCUUUUGGUAGUGCAGGCUAGUGCACUGGUACAAUUGUUCUGCACAGUUACAUAAUCUUAUCUCUAGAAAGCUUUUGAAGGUUUUUGCAGUAAAGUAUUCUGGUUUCACUGUAUAUAAUAAUAGGUAGAAUACUAUAAGAUGUGCUUCCUGUAUUCCUUGAGUCAGAUUAUUUAACUAUUACUGAAGUCUUGCCAUCACAACAUUACUAAAAUUGCUUCUGAUUUUUCUUAAAUGAUCACUGUGUAGAUUGUUUAAUUUGUCUUUUUAAAAAAUCAUGACGUUACUGUAGCUUAGUUAAUGUUAAAAUCUUGCAGAGUUCUUCAGGGUGUGUGCUAUACCUCCUUAAGUCCACAUGGUGGCAUGUGGCACAUUUUUGUUUGUGUGUAUGAUUUAAUAGGGUUUGAAUUCUACAUAUGUAUAUAAGACAUGAAACAGUGCACUAUAUAUAGAAAUUAAUCUUGUACCAAGUUUCCGUUUUUAUCCUUAAAAUGUUUGUCUUUUUUUCUUUUUGUCUUAAAACUACCAUUUAUUUUAUCUUGUAUGCAUAGGGAACAAUUCAGACAAAGUUACACUUUUAAAGGUCCCAUUCUUUUCAGUAGGAGCACAUGUGCAACUUUGCACACUUAGGAGGAGAUAGGGAUUCAAUUAAACCCUUCUUCCCUUGUGUCCCGUAGCAGAACAGAUUUAAGUCUUUCAUUGGAUUAGAUGGGAAUUGAUGGUGCUUAACUUUGGUUGGAUCAUUCUCAUUGACUGGGUUUAUUUGGAACAGGAAACCAUGAUUCCCUGCUAUAAGCAAACUUCAGAGAGCUAUGCCCUCCUCCCCCCCCCAUCAGACCUUUGAUACAUGAGGAGGAGUAAAAGCUUCUGCUUCCCAUUUGAAAUAAAGCACAGUUCUGCAAUAUAUACACUUACAAACUAUGAAGCCAUGGUUUGAUCCUGGUUUGUUUGACCUGACUGAGGUUUGAAUAAGCCAAACUUGUAUAUAAUGCAAAACUGUGGUUUGUUUCAAAUCCAAAGCAGAAGUUUUCAGUCUCCUCCUCUCCUACAUGGAAAAGGAGAGAGAAGGAGUAAAGCCCUGUUCAGCCAUGCCAAAAAAGGUUGCUUCCAUCAUCAGAAGGCUGGGGCAUCCCAGCCUUUCGAUCAUGAAAGUGAACACCAUCAUGCUUAUGGUGUUUUGCCUCUUCAGACAAAUGCCAUAAGCUUGGAGAAUGUGGUAGUGUGUGAGGCUUCUUGGUGCAUUUGCUCCGGGGCAGGGUUUUCCAGCAUGCUCUUGAGAUGCCUUACGUGAAUACAACAUGGGCCAUGUCUCAACAAGACUUAUGUGGGGGAUCAUAAGGCUCACUCUCUUAGUGGGAAGCCAUGGUUUCUCAUUAUGUUUGAACCUGGCCACUGUAUUACGUUUGUUCCAGGGUAACUGUGACAUGCUCACAGUUAAUUUGUGAUAUGUAGAUCAUGUACUUCGUAGGCAGUGUAACAGAACCAAAUCCCUCCCAUGCACACAGCUUUGUGUACCAUGGGGCGGGAAUCCCCACAAAGAUUCUAUUGAGCCUUUCCUGCUUCCACCCCACAUAGUGCCAUGUAUCUUUAUGGGAGCAGUAAGUAUAUUUCAAUUUUACCUAAAUAAAAAUGCUUUGUAAAUGAUGUGGAAACUGCAGCCUAUUUAUCUUUGAUAUUAACAUUUUAAUAUCACUAUUUUUGUAUUAAAAGUGUAUUUGGUUUCAGGGGUAAUAUCAGCCUGAGUAUAGCAGGCUGUUAAUUUUUAUUUCUUUUUUCUUUGUCUUAAACCUUCCUUGGAAUUUUAUUAUUGUAUGCAAAUGACAAUUGUUGGAUAUAAAUGAUUGCCAGUAAAGCUAGUUUUCAACAUAUCUGAUAACCAUUAACAGACCUUCAGGUCAUUAUGAUGAUGGGCUGGGAUUGUUCAGGUUAGUUGAAAAAGACUGAAUGACAUUUAAAUUGCAAGGAAAUAUAUUAUAUAUAAAUAGACCAAAGUAUGCAACAGAAGUACAGAAUAUAAAGCCAACAUUAGUACCACAAUCCAAUCCAGGCUUAAAAAUGCUCAAGUUCCAUUGAUUUUGCCAGACUCAAGCACACUGGCUGACAUACCACACAAGGAAAUGUGGGCAGUUGGGGCACCACCGCUCUGUGGCAUCUGUGUAAACACUGCCAACAGUGUUGCGCAACAGGGCAGUGCCGCUCCAUCGAGAAGUUGUGCAAACGCAGUGGCACAACACCAUUAUCACAUGGAGCAACUGUGUUUGCGCAACUUUACAAUGGACCGGAACUGCCCAGUUGCGCAACACCAUCAAUGGUAUUUGCCGAGACAGAGCAGGGCAGGUAGUGUUCCAACCACUUGCAUUUCCCUGUGCAUUAGAUGAGCCACCUUUUUCUGGGUUGGAUUGUGGCCCGAGUGUGUUGUUGUCUUUCAGAUUUCACUUAUGAAAAGUAAAUGUGUGUUAAGUUAUUUACUGAAUUUUUCUUUGUAAAUAUUUUGUCAUCUCAUUUGUUUGCAAAAGUUGAUGAGAUAAUAUUUUAUUGUCUUUGCUUUCUUAAUAACAUUUCUGGCAACUUACAUCCAGACUACUGCUGCACUAGUGUAAUGUAGCUAGCGCAAAAAAGUAGUGCAAUGACAGGCAGAAAAGGAGCAUCUGUUCCUGAUUAGUUCUUGAGCUAGCAGAUGUCAAUAUGUUGCACAGUGUGCUGCACAACAGGUUCCACAGCACAUUGGGCAACCUUAUAUCUAUCCUGGAGUGGAGCCUCCACAAGCAGCUGCAUAACAUCACAGAGUGGCACAGCUUCAUGCAGUGCCGCAAACUGCUUAGGUGCCAGCAACGUUUUUCGUUGCAUUAGCAAACACUAUUUUGGAUGUCAGUCAAUCUUCACAAUAUCUAUAAUGUUCUUUUCUUCUUCUUCUUCUUUGCCACAAAUUGAAAGCUCAGUUGUUUGCACAUGCUAAGAAGAUUUAUCAUCUACUUAGCUCCUUUGGGCUUAAAUUAAUUUUGUAUUGCAUUGAAUUGAACAUAUGUUUCUUUACCAUUCUAAAUAUGUAGUUAUGUUUUCCUUGAACCCACAUUAUAAAUUUGUGGAUUGUUGAGAAUUUUAACAAAAGUCUCUAUCAGUUUUGCUCCUUUUUAAAAUUUUCAUUCUUUUACAUUUGUCUCAUGUGAUUGGAUUUGGUAAAACCGUUUUCAUUCUAUUGUCAGAUUAUUUUAACAAUUGUUUAUUUAUAUGCUGUUGCUAUGGUUCAAAUAAAGGUUAAUUGAUGGAAGCGA